AUCCACCCCCCUCCUUUCUUUCUCCCUCCCUCCCGUGACCUCCUCUCCCCCGAUCCUCCGGUCGGCCGGCGCGACCUCCGCUCCACAUCCUCCGGCCCCGCUUGCGACCUCCUACCCCAACGCCGGCGCGCGGCAGAUCCAACCCAGCAGCCGCCCCUUCUCCCCUGUCUCCUCCUCCCAUCAGAUCCAUCGCCGCCGCCACCUCCUCAUCUCCUCCUCCCUUCAGAUCCAUCCACCCGCUGCCGCCCCUUCUCCCCCGUCUCCUCCUCCCAUCAGAUCCAUCGCCGCCGCCACCUCCUCUUCUCCUCCUCCCUUCAGAUCCAUCCACCCGCUGCCACCCCUUAACCCCUUCUAACCCCUUCUCCAGUGGAACCGCAUCUCCCCGAGCGCCGCCGCCGCUGUUGAGCACCCGCCGCCGGAGGGGUCCGCGAUGCGUCCCGAGCCAAUCGUGCUCUACGGCGGAGAGGCGAUGGAUUCAGCAGGCGCCUCGAAGCCCGAUGAGGAGGUGGCUGCCUACCAGAGCAGCGAGGCCAAGCAGGCGAGGCUGCAGUCCAUGCUCGCGGCGCUCCUCGACGACCCCAUUCUAGCCGACCUCCCGAGGAAGCCCCCGCUGGCGGACGUGGACACGCUCAUCAACCUCGAGCUCGGCAGCGCCAUGAGGGUGACCGUCGUCAAGCUGGACAACACCUCGUUUGAUGUCGCGGUGUUGAACACUGCUACGCUCAAGGAUUUGAAGCUGGCUAUCAGGAAGUGAUAGUCAGAUUUAUUUGUCUGAAACUGUGGAAGGAUGAAUUCUGACAUUCAUGUCAUCUAAUUCAUUCAUGCUGACAUGUGUUGAUCUAAUUAGUUGACAUCCUUCGAAAUGCUGCCGAUUUGUCUUUGCUAUUUAAUAUAUCCUAUGAUGGGCACUAAGGCACUGUUGAUCCACCAAAAUUUUCUUAGUUUAGAUGGGUGUGAUUAUCUAAAUAAGCUGAGGGUCACGAGAUGUAUGGUAUUAACCUGAAUUCUUAGUAGGCUCGAGAUGUUGAGAAUCCUAGCUGAAGUCGUGUUUUAGUUUGACUUUGCACUGUGUAUUGAAUAGUUGAAUCUGUGUACAUAAGGUUAUUCAAGCCUGCUUGAAUUAGAUUCCAAGCUGGAACUUAUUCUAAUUUUUAGUUUGAUUUUGCACUGAACUUGACCUGUCUGGUAUUGACUAGCUGAAUGUGUGUACACAAGGUUAGUCAAACCCAUUUGAAUGAAGGUCCCUAUCUUAACUAAUCUAUUUCAGUUAAGCUAAGGAGAAUAUAAUGUUCGAAGAUUGUCCUCUUAAAGAAGUAUGAGCUCAACAUAGAAAGAAUUUUCUCUCUAAGAUGUUACACUGGUAUCUAUAUUCUAAACUAGGAUCCCAUUUCUGUGACUCCAUGAAGCUUCGGUCAUGUGGUUAUAAGUUUAUCUAGGACACUACAUUGUUUGCCUGUCUGAUAUAACGAGAGCACUCACUGCAAAGAGUUCUUGGCAUCAGUAUUUGUUAACGCUAAAUUGUCAGAAAGUAUUAUACCUAUUCAUCCAAGAAAGGCUACUGUGUAGUAUGAGGAUUGUAGUGUUGUUAAAAUAAAUUGUAGAUUUGGGAAGGCUCAACUAAUUUAUUGCUGUGCAGACAGAACAUUACUAGAUGCUGGGAAAAAUAAACUGUAGAAAAUUACGAGCCGACAUACGUGUUCUGUAAUUAAAAAGCUUCAGCUGCAUAAGUGUAAAACUAGUUAGAGAUCCUACCUUAUUGAAUGUUAGCUAUGCUUAAUAAUAUGGCCUUCUAAGUUCUAUCACAAUGUUACCUCUUCAGCUGUAUAAUAGCCGUCAGGCUUGUAUUGUAUUCCCCAAAAGUACCAACUUGUAAACCCUACCUGAUGGACGUCAUAUACUGCUGGUCAAAGGUUGAGACAUCGAUUCUUAUCAUGCAUAAUCUCGACAUCUGAUGCAAUCAUACUCUGCAUCUGUAUUGCUGCUGCAGUUUUUGUAGUUAUAUUCUAUGUAGAGUCCUGAAACAUUUUCCUCAUAGGGCGCCACCUUCAGAGAGGUGACAGAAAUGACUGACAUUUUUGAAGGAAGCAUCAUACGGCUAGUUAGGAGGCUGGAUGAAUUUCUGAAUCAGCUAAAAGCUGCUGCUGAAGCUGUUGGGGAGGUCAACCUUGAGAGUUUGCCAGCUAAAAGCUGCUGAAGCUUCUUGUUUCCCUUGCAUUUGUUAACUUGCACAGGGCAUGAUUGCUCUAUUGUCUAUUGUCUAGAAAAACUGAUCGCCUACCUGGGUGGCAUCUGCAUCGUGCUUGCCAGAUUAUUUGUGUGGUCAAAUGAAACGGAUGACAGUGGAAGCCAUGUUGUUUUGUUUGUUCCCAGCGUUGACUAUGGUCGUCGAGCGAAUCCGGCAUGUUGUUCAUCUAGUAGAGCUUGUUAGGAGUCUGAAUCUAAGAACUUGUAGAGCUUGUUAGUAUUACAAUUGUAGAGCUUGUUACACUUGUAGAGCUUGUAAAGCAGUAUGGUCUUCUGUAUUGGAAUGGAUAGAGCUUGUAUCAUGUGAUCUGGUUGCUCUUAUUUAAGUAUCAUGUGUGUUUUUGUC